AUGAUAAACACACAUUAUAACACUAAUAACGUUGGUUCAUACGCAACAAGCACUAAUUAUAAAAUUACAAAAACCACAAACAACCUGACUGGUAAAGGGACAACGCAUAAAAUAAGACAAAUUUUAAAUUUUACUGAUGAAAAAAGAUGGAAGCAAUUUUCUUCUCGUAGACUAGAAUUAAUUGAUAAAUUUGGGUUAAGUGAAAGGAAAGCAUCUGAGCAAGAUGAUAAUAUUAAACAGAUAGCUAACAUGUUAAGAGAAGAAUUUGAAUAUCCAAUGGAUUCAAUUAAUGAAUUCGAAAAGUUGGUUACUGCUGCUGUACAAUCGGUUAGACGCAAUAGGAAAAGAUCCAAAAAGAAAUUUGAAAAUUUUGUUUCAAACUCAAACUCACACUCACACUCACAUGCUACGUCUACAUCUACAUCUACAUCUUCUUCAAAUUCUUCGAUUUGUUCCCCAAUAGAACACAAACAAGAAUUAUUUACUACUACUAUUAGCACUAGUAAUAAUAAUAACAUUAAUACGAGUGAUUCAGGUAAUAUCAGUAUAUCUUCAGCAGAUUUUCCAUCUAUUAAUAACAAUGACAAGGUUAUCUAUUCAAACCAACUUUCAUCUUCUACAAACACUACAAACACCACCAACCAUGGUAACACAGGAUUAAAAUCUCCGCUAUUAUCCCCACCGCCAUCUGUACAGGGUAAGACUGAUGGUUCGCGAAUUAUAAGUUUGCCUGUCACUAAUUAUAGAUCAUCUCCAUCAUGUUCUAUAUCUAAUUCAGUAAGCUCUCCUUUGUCUUUGAAGAGAUUACAGUCGAAUACAUCCUUGUCCACUGUAGAAAAUCAGUACAUGUUGACUAUUAGAUCUUUGUGUUUUGAACUGCUCAACACCAACUUUGACUCAUUGGUCAAACAUAGGAGCAACUCAAAUAAUAUUCAUGUCCCCAACUUUUUAUUAGAUAAACUGAUAAAUAAAAUACAAAAUUCAAAAACUUUCAUGGAUUUUACAAAUCAGAAUCAGAACACUGGUUUCCAAAGUGAUAAAUGGCAAAAUUUGAAAGUCUUAGGUGAAAUGUGUACGAAAGCCUCAAUUUCUUUUGUUAUUGAGAGAUAUUUUAUCGACCAAAAUACAAUUAGUCAGGAUGACAAAUUCUCAAUGGACUUCCUAAGGCAAUUGUCUUCUACCUUAUUUAAUGAAGUCUUUAAACAUCAUAAUAUAGAUAUGUUUACUCAAAUCAAAUUUUUAUAUCUCAUUAUUGGUACCAUUGUGAAAGAUUAUGGGUUUGACUCGAUCCUAUAUCCGUUGAAUGAAAUAAUUCAUCAUUUAAUUCAGAAUAGAUUAAAUGUUGACAGUUCUGUGUCUACUAAGGCACAACCUUUAUUACCACCAUUAAAUAAUGGUUUGAAUAUCUUAAGUGUUGUGUCUUCACAAGUCAGCAGUUCAUCUCAUCUUUCUCCUGAAUAUACAUACAGGGAAACUUUACCAAGUGUAAGUACGUUCGUUCAGAACAGCCACAAUAAUCUACCUUCUCCAACACCUUCUUCCAAUAAAUCUACCAGUAAAACAACUACUGCUACUACUAUUAAUAGUGCCAAUUUGGAGACAGUAUUACAUACUUCUAGCCAUGGUCCUUUGCCUCAAUUAAUUGUAAAGGAAUCUUUUGCAAAUGGCACAUUGCCCCAACCUAUUAAGCAGAUAUUAUAA